UUAACCUUUUCUUGUCAGAGCGUACAAGAAUUAGUUGUGGCUUGCCCGACGACGUUUGUUGGAGUCUCGUUUUUCCGUUUGUACUAAAAAUUACUUAUAUUUUUCGGUUGUCUUUACGAGCCCAAGAUGGUCCUCUGCAACAUCGAAUGCGUGAAUAGAAUAAGCGAGUACCUGGACAUCUCUCCGGGGAAACUCUACGUCUCCGAGAACAACACUGUGGCCACAGAUGAUUUGAUAAAAAAUCAAAGCACCGAAGGAUUUAGUACAAUUGUUCAAACCCUUGUUAAAAAUUCUAAAUAUCCGGCCAUACUGGGUGACGAUGCUAUAACACAAGCGUUGACUAGACAAAUGCUAGAGUACGCCGUGCUCUGUGUCAAUUAUGCAGACAACUCAAACAACGAAAAAAGAGUCCUGAAGGAAUUGAAUUAUGUAUUAAAAUUCAGCACUUACGUGGCAGGGACGAAAAAAACUAUUGCAGAUGUUACUCUGUACUACGCUUUACAUGGAAUUAUGCAAAGACUGAGCUUGCAAGAAAAAGCAGAAUAUGUGCACUUAUCGAGAUGGUUUGACAAUAUGCAGCAAGACGAUAAAUUGAGACAAACCAUGGAUGUAAUUAGUUUUAACAUGAUGCACUUGUAUUUGUAAAAACUUGAUUUUAUUUUCUCAUUUUCAUGUGAAAUUCCAUCGAGUGUAACGAUUUCGUACUAAAUUGACGAUUUAUAACUAGUAAUAAAUUUGUUAAUUAUCUAUCUAAGGCAAAUAAA